GAUUUAAAAAUUUUACUUGUCACUUUGACGUUUCAAGAAGUGAGGUUAUGUUUACAACUCCAUGUGUCAAAAAUUAGCUUAAAUAUGGGGAAAAAGAAUAAAAAUAGCUCAAAUCAAUUAGGAAGAGCCUUAGUAAAAAGCAGAUUUUCUAAUACAUCGAAUAAAAAAUUUACUUCAGAUGGAUCUAUGUUACACACAACUGAAAUUCAAGACGGUUACGAUUGGGGUAGAUUAAAUUUGCAAUCGGUUACUGAAGAAUCGUCUUUUCAAGAAUUUUUAUCAACCGCGGAAUUAGCAGGAACAGAAUUUCAAGCGGAAAAGCUUAAUAUUAAAUUUGUUAAUCCACGUUCGAAUGUGGGACUUUUAACUGAAGAGGAAAAAAAGCGAGCUAUUGAAGAGUUUGAUAAAAAUAAAGAUGUUGUUAAAAUUCCAAGAAGACCAUCUUGGACAACUCAAAUGUCAGCUGAAGAACUUCAUCAACGAGAAAAAGAUAAUUUUUUAGAAUGGAGACGGUCUUUAGCAACUUUACAAGAAGAAAAGGGAAUUUUAUUAACACCCUAUGAAAAAAAUUUGGAGUUUUGGCGCCAACUUUGGAGAGUUGUUGAAAAAAGUGAUGUUGUCAUCCAAAUUGUUGAUGCAAGAAAUCCUUUGUUGUUCAGAUGUGAGGAUUUAGAAAAAUAUGUGAAAGAAGUAUCAGAUAAAAAGACAAAUUUAGUUCUUUUAAAUAAGGCCGAUUUUUUAAAUGAUAAACAAAGAGAAUUAUGGGCGGAAUAUUUUGAUUCUUUGGGGGUAAAAUAUGCAUUUUUUUCUGCACUACAAAAAGAUGAUUUAGAUGAAAUCAAAGAAGAUUCUGAUGAAAGAAAAUCUGAUUUAAAUAAUGAUGAGUCUGAAUUAAAUAUUGAUGAUAUUAAAAAUGAUGUUAAUUUGUUAGAAAAUGAAGUUAAUGCAAUUGAAAAGAAGUUAGAUUGUUUAUUAGAAGUAGCAAGUUCUUUACCAAACGUUUCAUGUGAAUUAAAUCAAGAUACAAAUUCAUUAAAAAAUAAAAAUAAAGUUUUAUCAAGAUCAGAAUUAAUUGAGUUAUUCAGAACAAUUCACACCGAAUCAAAAGUAACUGAAGGAAUAACAACUAUUGGUUUAGUUGGGUAUCCAAAUGUUGGUAAAAGUUCAACAAUAAACGCCAUUUUAACGGAAAAGAAAGUUUCCGUUUCCGCAACUCCUGGAAAAACAAAACAUUUCCAAACUUUGUACUUAACCCCAGAAAUAUUACUUUGUGAUUGCCCAGGAUUGGUAAUGCCAAGUUUUGUUUUUUCUAAAGCAGAUAUGGUUAUAAACGGUAUUUUACCCAUUGAUCAAAUGAGGGAUCAUGUUCCUCCAAUUAAUUUAGUUUCUUCUUUAAUUCCAAGAAGGGUUAUUGAAAAUACUUACAGUAUCAUGUUGCCAAAUCCCAUGGAAGGCGAAGAUCAAGAUCGUUGCCCAACAGCUGAAGAAAUUUUAAAUGCUUAUGGAUAUAGUCGAGGUUUCAUGACUGCUAAUGGUCAACCUGAUAACCCAAGAGCUGCCAGAUAUAUCUUAAAAGAUUUCUUACAUGGAAAAUUAUUGUAUGUUCACUCACCUCCUGGAUGUGAUGUAUCAAAGUUUAAUGAUUGGGAAAAUAAAAAUCAAAGUUUUAUUAAAAAACAUUUACCUUUACGCGAACAAAGAGCAAUUAUUGGUACACGAGUAACCUCUGAAGAUUUUAACAAACAAUUUUUUGGGGGAAAUUCUUCUGGGAUGCAUACAAAAGGAACUAAAUUAAUUUCUUCAGGGGCUACAUCAGCUACAGAUUUAGGACCAAAACCCUGGAAAAAAAUCAACAAACACGAAAAUAAGAAGAAAAAAGAAAAGUUAAGUAGACUUUAUUCUCAUUUGGAUCAGCAUUAAAUAAUAAAAAAAUGUUUAAUAAAUUGCAUUUAUAUAACUUUAA